UCAAAGGCUGAAGCUGCUCCUUUUGCCACAUUAUAACUAGUAGGGGAUCCUCACCGACCAUGGCCACAGCUGCCUCGAAUCCCUACAGCAUUCUCAGUUCCAGCUCUCUGGUCCAUGCUGACUCUGCGGGCAUGCAGCAGGGGAGUCCUUUCCGAAAUCCUCAGAAAGUUCUCCAAAGUGAUUACUUGCAGGGAGUUCCUAGCAAUGGGCAUCCCCUCGGGCACCAUUGGGUGACCAGUCUGAGCGACGGAGGCCCAUGGUCCUCCACCCUGGCCACCAGCCCCCUGGACCAGCAGGACGUGAAACCCGGGCGCGAAGACCUGCAGCUGGGCGCGAUCAUCCAUCACCGCUCGCCUCACGUCGCCCACCACUCUCCGCACACUAACCACCCCAAUGCUUGGGGAUCGACCCCGGCUUCCAACCCGUCCAUCACGUCCAGCAGCCAACCCCUUAACGUGUACUCGCAGCCGGGCUUCACCGUGAGCGGCAUGCUGGAGCACGGGGGGCUCACCCCACCGCCGGCUUCUGCCACCGCACAGAGCCUGCACCCAGUGCUCCGGGAGCCCCCAGACCAUAGCGAUCUAGGCUCUCACCACUGCCAGGACCACUCCGACGAGGAGACACCAACCUCGGAUGAGUUGGAACAGUUCGCCAAACAGUUCAAACAAAGAAGAAUCAAGUUGGGUUUCACGCAGGCCGACGUGGGGCUGGCGCUGGGCACCCUGUAUGGCAACGUGUUCUCCCAGACCACCAUCUGCAGGUUUGAGGCCUUGCAGCUGAGCUUCAAGAACAUGUGCAAGCUGAAGCCACUGCUGAACAAGUGGCUGGAGGAGGCUGACUCGUCCACAGGGAGCCCGACCAGCAUUGACAAGAUCGCAGCGCAAGGCCGCAAGCGCAAGAAGCGAACCUCCAUCGAGGUGAGUGUCAAAGGUGUUCUGGAGACGCAUUUCCUCAAGUGUCCCAAGCCGGCCGCACAGGAGAUCUCCUCGCUGGCAGACAGCCUCCAGUUGGAGAAAGAAGUGGUGCGUGUCUGGUUCUGUAAUAGAAGACAGAAAGAGAAAAGAAUGACUCCACCAGGGGAUCAGCAGCCACAUGAGGUUUAUGCGCAUACCGUGAAAACAGACACGUCCUGCCAUGAUCUCUGACUGCAGGAAGCCAGCAAGUGACCGGCCAAAGGAACUGGGGCAGCGCGGAUUUCUCUUUCUCUCCUGACUCCCUUCCUUUCACUCCAGCUUCAUAGUUGCUAUCUUUGUAUUCUCUCUCUCUCUCUCUCUCUCUCUCUCUCUCUCUCUCUCUCUCUCUCUCUCUCUCUCUCUCUCCCUCCCUCCCUCUUUUUCUUUUUAUAUUUUAUUUCUUUAUCCCUCACCCUUUCAACAGGGGAUUCUAACUUAUAUUAAGGAAGGAAACACACUCAUGCAUUUCAGGCUUCUUAACGCUGAUACACAGUUUCAUUAAGCACUCCCAGCGGGAUCCUCGAAUCCCCUGCGGUCUGGCAACAGUUUUCUCUACAACCUUUUCUGCAGAUCAAUAUAUAUUGUUUACUUUGAGUAAGGUUUGUUUGGUUGCUCCUCUCUAGGAAGAGCAAGGAGUGGGGAAACUUGGGGGCGGGUUAGGGAUUGGGGGAGGGAGAGGGGAAGACAGAAGAUGUGUGCCUCUAAAUAACCUUUCAGCGCCUUGGUUAUAGCAGCUGUAUUUCAGGUGAAAUCUGUUUUACAAUAGACUAGUUUUGCAUUUUUUAAGAAAAAACUUCUAAUAGCCUUUUUAAAUGUCUGCGGUGUUUUGCUACAAGCUGUACACAAUAUUUGUGAGAUAAUUUGUAUCUAAUCGACCACUCCACCUUAUUAUUGCUAUUAUUAUUAUUCCUUCGUUGAGCUAAUGGUUUUUUAAUUGCUUAUAAAAGCGAGAGGAGGCUGGGAGGAGGAGGGGGAAAGAUGUGCCUACCUUUCACUCAUGGCCCCUCUCCCAAAUCUGUAAGAAGAGGAAAGGGUACAAUGGAAAGAGUUCUUGGUGGUAAUAUAUACGUAUAUGUUUUGUUUUGUUUUGUUUUGUUUUGUUUCCCCCGUGGGCGGAGUGCCUAGAAUGGGCAGAAUAGGCAAGCUGAUUGGGUUUGCAAACUAGUGCGAAGUAGGAGAGGCUGUUUUGAAAGAUUCUGUGCUCCCUGCCAGAACUGCUUGAGCCCUUGCUGGACUUUUACAAUGCAGAUCUGGGUGCCAGAGAAGAAUUCCGUGGCAGCGCUAGGGCCAUAGAGGUAGUCCUGAGGAGCUGAAAGGACUAGGAACCUGCGGAGGUCUGGAAUGCCUGCACUCGAAGCUCCCCAAGGGCCCAGAGCCUAUCCAGGCUGACCGACCGACGGCCAGCGCUACCCCACCUCGGCCCUCCCAGGCUAAGGACUUUGCCUUCAAAGGCUAUUAAUUUCGCUGGAGUAGAGGACCCAGAGAUUCUGGGGACAGUCAGUGCCUCCCAGUUCGGUUCACCUCCAGUGCAAUGCCUGCUCCUUGAAUAAUAAUAAUUUAAAAAAAUCCUCGGGAAGGGAUGGUGAGGGCGCUCUCUGCUUUGUGCAGAACUACAAUGAAAUGAUUGGCAAAGGUCACAGGGAUUUGGGUCUAGCCUCUUACCACAUCCUUUCCGUGUGUGUAUAUACCGCUGUCCCCGAGUGAGCUCACACCGGGAGCCAUCUCCAUGCCUUGGACAAGCACAGCUGGUGGAAUGCCACUUGCGAGGAUUGAGCUAGCUAGUGAGGGCCUGGGCGGCUGGGUUUCUGUUUUUUAUCUCUCUGUGUGUAUGCGUCUCUCUGUGUGUGUACGUGCGCGUGGGUUAGCGUGCAAACGUAUGUGUGUAGAUAGUUGUGUGUAUAUUAUUACUCUUUACAAGAAACAAAAACUACAAACAAAAAAAAUAUCGCUAGACUAUGUAGAGAUCCAAAAAUUAUGCAUUUGCUGUGGCUUUACUGCUAGCUCUCAAGUCCACAUACCUGGUCCACGGACCUCAUAACCAAGGAGCAUACAUUGCUGGAUCGCAAGCACCCAAUACCUAGCCACUGCCCUCCUGUACUACCUGGGAGCUUGUAUGACCCGGCUAGCCGCCUAGCUGGGCCUCCAGGGGCAGCUGCAGAAGACAAAGCUUCGAACUACCUAAGGACCAGAUACCCUAGUGCCCCCUGUGGAAGAUGCCCUAGUAUGGGCUGCCAGGACUCUGGUCUACCACACUGUGUCUCCCAGCUGCAGGUUCAAGAGCAUGAGUUAAUUAAAAUCCCAGACCCUUUUUUCUUUUUGUGUGAAGCCUCUGCAUUCUGUUGGUAAUUGGGUUUUAGUUCUGGGACUUUUUCACACAUUGAGAUCAUGUUUUACAACUGUUGGGGUUAUUUGUUUGUUUGUUUGGAUUUUUUUCUUUGCAGUUCAGCACUAUGGUUCAAACCUGAGUUAACCCAAAUAUUUCUGCUGACUUUAUAAUUGUACAGUUUUGUAUAUUAAAUGUUUUUGAAGUUAUUAAUUUAAAAAAA